CUUAGAGCACUUCCUCAAUGUGGAAGUUCAAGUAUACAACACUGAAGACCUGUCCUGAGGGUGCUCUAGAAAGUCUCCAGAGGGUUAUUGCAUGGGGGAAAAUCCAGCCAAGAACCAUUAUGCAAAGCUUAACCAGGGAGAAGAGAAUGAAAUGGAGAUUUUUGGCUACAAAACCCAAGGCUGCCGAAAGGCCUCAUGCAUUGCUGGGUACAUCUUCUCUUGUGGGGCUCUGCUACUGCUGUUUUACUGGAAGCCAGAGUGGAAUGUGUGGGCAAACUGUAUCCGCUGCAGCUUGGAAGAAGCGGAUGUUUUUCUGCUCAGAACAACAGAUGAAUUUCAGAUUUAUUCUCGUAAGACUGUGAGGUGGAUCUCUGUGUAUGCACUUAUCAAAAGUAGAUCAGAUUAUCCAGCUGCUGCUGCUGAAGAUUCAGUCUUCAACAAAGCCAUCAUGAAGCCAAGUUUGCAAGUGAAAACUAUCCAAGUACAAAAAAUCCGCUAUGUCUGGGAUACCCAUGCAAAACUGUUCCAGAAAGUUGGAGCCCUAGAAGACCACCAUACUUGCUCAGCUAUACAUGCCAAAUUUGGCUCUGGUCUCACCUGCAAUGAACAGAAUGUCAGGAGAGUUAUAUGUGGGCCAAACACCAUUGAUGUUCCGGUGAUCCCUGUUUGGAAACUACUCAUCAAAGAGGUCUUAAAUCCAUUUUACGUGUUCCAGCUGUUCAGUGUAUGUUUGUGGUUUGCUGAAGAUUACAUGGAGUAUGCCACUGCCAUCAUAAUCAUGUCUCUUCUCUCAAUUUUUUUGACUGUAUAUGAUCUUAGACAGCAGUCGGUUAAACUGCACAGACUGGUUGAGUCUCAUAACAACGUCAUGGUCACUGUCUGCAGAAAUAAGGAAGGUUUCCAAGAGCUGGAAUCACACCAUCUUGUUCCUGGAGAUAUGCUGGUUUUGAAAGAGGGCAAAACUCUUUUGCCCUGUGAUGCCAUCCUGAUCAGUGGGCAGUGCAUUGUAAAUGAAAGCAUGCUGACAGGGGAAAGUAUUCCAGUAACAAAGACCCAUUUACCUCAAUCUGAUAACUUCAAGCCCUGGAGAAUGCACUGUGCAGAGGAUUACAAAAAACAUGUCCUCUUCUGUGGAACAGAGGUCAUACAGACCAAGGCAGAUGACAGAGGAGUAGUGAAAGCUGUGGUGCUACGGACUGGUUUCAAUACAGCCAAAGGGGAUCUGGUGAGGUCCAUUCUCUACCCUAAACCCAUGAACUUCAAGCUGUACAGAGAUGCCUUCCGGUUCCUGAUGUGCCUCAUAGCAUUUGCAGCCAUUGGAAUGAUCUACACAGUGUGUGUAUUUGCACUUAAUGGGGAGGAGACAGGAGAAGUGGUGAAGAAGGCUUUGGAUGUUAUCACUAUUGCUGUCCCCCCAGCUUUGCCAGCUGCCUUGACAACAGGAAUCAUUUAUACCCAACGGAGACUGAAGAAAAAAGGCAUCUUCUGCAUCAGCCCACAGAGGAUCAACGUGUGUGGACAGCUGAACCUUAUCUGCUUUGACAAAACUGGCACCUUAACAGAAGAUGGCCUGGAUCUUUGGGGCUUGCUGCCCUCUGAAAGAAACUGUUUCCAGGACAUCCACAGUUUCCCUGCAGACCACAGCCUGCCCUGGGGCCCAGUGUUCAGAGCAAUGGCAGUCUGUCAUUCACUAGUUGUUUGGGAGGGCAAGAUCCAAGGAGACCCGCUGGAUGUGAAAAUGUUUGAGGCCACUAACUGGGUGAUAGAUGAUUCCAGUAGAUACCAGAUUGAAGGUCAAGGAUCCACACAUGGCACAGUUGUUAGACCUGGACCUAAAGCAGGCAAUGGCCCAGUGGAAGGACUUAUCAUUUUACAUCAGUUUCCAUUUUCUUCAGCCUUGCAAAGAAUGUCUGUUAUUGCUCAGGAAAUUGGUGGAGAAAAACAGGUCUUCACAAAAGGGGCUCCAGAAGUGAUAGCCAUGUUAUGUAGAGCAGAAACAGUCCCAUUGAACUUUGAAAGCAAGCUUCUGCUCUACACUGCACAGGGCUUUAGGGUCAUCGGACUGGCUUGUAAAUCUCUACAGGCAGGGAAGCAAUCUACUGAUCUAACAAGGGAGGAGGUAGAAUCUGAUCUGACGUUCCUGGGUCUGCUGAUAAUGGAGAAUCGAUUAAAGAGGGAGACAAAACCUGUCCUGGAAGAGCUCAGUGCUGCCCAUAUCAGGAGUGUUAUGGUCACAGGUGACAACAUUCAGACAGCUGUAACUGUUGCCAAAAAUGCUGGGAUGAUUUCUCCAAAAAACACAGUGAUUCUUGUGGAAGCAAACAAAAUGCCCGGAUCUUUUUCAGCAUCUAUAACCUGGAAACCACUAGAACAAAACAAAACUGAAGAUUAUGAAAGCCUGGCAAAGGCAGUGGGCCAUGAACCCAGGUCUCCCAGAGCCUUCACAAGUGCCCUCCCCAUGGAAGAUGGCAGUUGGACUGAACGAAGAAUUGGGCUGGCAUUGGGAUCAGGCCAGUAUCAUUUUGCCAUGAAUGGAAAAUCUUACCAAAUUGUAGUACAGCAUUUCAGGCACUUACUUCCAAAGCUCCUGCUAAAUGGAACAGUUUUUGCUAGAAUGUCUCCUGGUCAGAAAUCCAGCCUUGUAGAAGAGUUUCAAAAGCUGGAUUACUUUGUGGGCAUGUGUGGAGAUGGAGCCAAUGACUGUGGGGCUUUGAAAGUGGCACAUGCAGGGAUAUCACUGUCGGAGCAGGAGGCAUCUGUGGCUUCACCUUUCACAUCCCGAACGCCCAGCAUAGCAUGUGUGCCAGAGCUAAUCAGGGAAGGCCGUGCUGCCCUCGUCACUUCCUUUUGCAUGUUCAAGUACAUGGCACUGUACAGUACCAUUCAGUACCUUGGUGUUCUCCUACUCUACUGGCAACUAAACUCCUUUGGGAAUUACCAAUUUUUGUUCCAAGAUCUGGCUAUUACCACUGUAAUUGGUGUGACAAUGAGUUUCACAGGUGCUUGUCCAAAACUGGUUCCUUACAGACCUCCUAGCCAACUCAUCUCACCCCCAUUGCUGCUCUCUGUUGUACUUAACAUCCUCUUCAGCCUCAGCUUGCAGAUUUUUGGGUUUCUGGUGGUCCAGGAGCAGCCUUGGUAUUCCAAGACAGAUAUACACAGUGCCUGCCUCUCAACUCACAACCACACAGAGAAUUCUUCCUCUGUUUCCAGCCUGGGACUCCAUGGGAUAAGAGAUGGAUACAAUGAGCAAAUGGACAAUGGCUACAAGAGCUAUGAAAACACCACAGUAUGGCUGCUAAGUACCGUCAACUGCCUCAUUGUAGCACUAGUGUUUUCCAAGGGAAAGCCUUUCAGGCAACCGAUCUACACAAACUAUGUGUUCAUACUGGUGCUCAUAGGGCAGCUGGGCAUUUGCCUCUUCUUGGUGUUUGCUGAUAUUGAUGAUCUCUACACUAAGAUGGAUCUCGUUUGCACUCCUACCAUGUGGCGGAUCUCCAUGAUGAUAAUGCUUGCAGUUACACUUGCUGUGUCCCUCCUUGUUGAGGAAGGCAUCAUAGAGAACAGACCCUUAUGGCUGCUUCUGAAAAAGACCUUCCAGUACCACUCAAAGAGUAAUUACAAGAAGCUGCAGCGACUGUUAGAGCAGGACUCAGCCUGGCCACCUCUGAAUGAAACCAUCUUCUCGGAUUCUGUGGCAAUAUCAGUAGAGGGAAAUAUGGGAGGUCAUACCAAUCCAACAUUCGACAGCAAUGAGGAUGCACUCUGAAGGAAACUACUGAGGACAAUGUACGGAGCAGUUGCACUUGACUGUAGAAGGACUAUCUCAGAGACAUAAGAAAAUAGGAAAGACUGACCUAUUACAACCUCCCCUCCCCAUUCUAAGAAUAACCAGCUCUGGGUUAUUUUUAAAUUAACUGGAAGCAGAAAAGCUGGCUGCGGUAACGUAAAGCCACAACAGUAUUUCUCCUGUCCCCUUGCCCAUUUAUGAAUGGCUGCCAGCUGUAAAUGGAACUGCUUGCUGAAUAUUGGCAAAGUAUUCAUAGUUGAAACACUCCAUUGCUGCAUCCCUGUCUUGAACUGUAUCACACAGUCCAUAAAGGUGAGGGAUCCUCCAGAUGAAAGUAGCUAAGGGAAUUUUCCCCUUCAAGAAAACAAGUAGAACUUUCUCCUGAUAGAGGCUGCUGAACACAGACAGGUCCUGGGAUUCCUAUAGUUCUUGAGUUUCAGAUACUUCUGCCUGUUUUCUGGUGUUUGUUUGGUUUCUUUUUUCUCCUUCUGGCAAUGAUUGGCUUUCUGGAGCUGGAAGGAGCUACAAAUAACCAAAGCUCCAAAGCUCUGCAUCCACUUGCAGAACCAUUAUGCUCUUCCCAGUAUGGGAACCAUGCAGAGCUCUAUUGCUAGCUCACUGCUACCAGCAACCUGUUUGGCCUCUUCUCAGGGUAAAACACAUUGUACUUGCAUUUUCUGAGUGAAAAAUGUUUUGAUCUGCAGAGCAGAAUGAUUUCGUUGUUUAACAAUUCUUUUUUGAGGGAGGUAUUUGUUUGAGAUAUCAGUUUUAGAAUAGUAGAAUGAAACACAUGAUAAUUGCAAAUUAUGAUCUCAUCCCAUGGGUCUACGAGGGCAUGCUGUCCCUCGUGGUGUGAGCUUGCCUUACUAGAGCUGAUGUUGUACAGCUGGGCAGCUGUCCGGCAUCACCUCCUGUUUUACCAGCUCUGAAAGGUAAUUCAGGGCUAGGGCCUGAAUUAAAAGAUGGGAAGACAGCUACGCCUCAGAAUAAUCUUAUUAAGUUCCGUGGCAUGCUCAUAAGUUGAACCAUCUGAGGUUUUGGCUCUGGUUUCCAAUCAUAAUUGUACAUGCUAUGCACCGUGUGUCAUUCAUCAAUUCAUAUCCCUCUCCUGUUAACAUUUGAGGGUGACUUUUACUCACUCUGCUGUGCUGCUUCUGCCAUACAUAAAUGCAAUAGCACUGCACAUUUCUGCAGGUUUUACCUACUCAAAACCCCCAGCUUCUAACAGCACAUAUUGUCUUAGCUCUUUGAUGCGAGGCUAACUUCCUGCUCAUCGUAUUUUGCAAUUAUGGUCCCAGCUGUGUACAUCAACAAGGUAUCAGUCAGGGAGGCUUCAGGCCAAGAGGAACACUUCCUUCUUUGGAUAAGAUGUGCAGGAGAGUUGUCCCCUCUGAACUGAUUGCACAAUGUAUUUUCACAGCUGGAUCUUGCCCAUGCUUUACCUGGGUGGGGCUGAGGAGCUCUUUGGGUGUACUUCAGUGCUGGGGGACUAUAUGUUCCCAGUAUUUGAUGGUAAAUUAUUUUUAUAAUACUACAGAAACCCAGAGAAUCAUGGAGGUUGGGAGUCAUGGUAAAGAUUCCUUUGGUCUUCUACACUAAAAUCUAGCUCUGGAAAACCUGGAGCAAAUCAGGAGAGAUAUGGAUUAUGGAUGUCUGUACCACAACAAUGUUUGAAAAGAAUUUAGCUUGAAUCAAAAAACAAUUAAUACUAUUUUUCUAAAAAGAAACAUAACCCACACAAACAUGUUUGAACUUGAAUAAAACAUUUAUUUGGCUCAAAGCAUUUUUUUCCUCCUAGACAAGUCUGACAUAAGCAGAUGGAGCAAUACCUUCCUACCUACUGCAAUUUACCUAACAGUAAAUACAUGCUACAAACCCACAUGACUUGACAGGAAACAGAAAUUAUUGACAUCUAUACAUAAAAGUAUCUCCAAAGUUAGCACAAGUUCCUGGUUUGCAGCAAAAUUCAUUGGUAAGUGAAGGCUAGAUGCUGUAUGCACUCCUUGCAGCUUAAGGAGAUAUCAAAGAGCAAGUUAGUGGAGUUAUUACUGCCAUCCUCUGUUUGAGGUACAGUAACAUUUUCCUUGGAGACAAAAUUCACUGUCCUAUUUAUGAACUCCUGCACAUGAGAAAUAUGUUGCUACAUAAACUAGCAGGUGCCGUAGCAUUGCAGACUAGGCAUAUAAUUUAUGUUUAUGUCACAACUGACAGUAUAGAAGUAGCAACUCGUGGCAAACCUGUGGUGCUUGUAGGUUCAACAACAUAGAGACCUGCUUGCCUGCUGCUGAAAUAUCACCUUACCUACAAGACAACAGAAUUCAGAUUUAACCUCUACCACCCAUUAAGGUGUUAGUCCUGUAUUCCACCUUUGUAUGCAAGGCCAAUGUCUCCAGCCAUACUGAGACACACUUUAUGAUCUUCCCGCAAUGGCAUCAGCAGAGCUGUGCAGUGUGUCCCAGCGGUACUGAACUGCUUAUAUAGCAAAACUUGGUGGCCAUCAGGAGACAAGCAAAAUGUUAGUCACAUCCUUGCUGCAGAAACCAGCUCAUUUACACACCUGAAACCCCCUGUGUUCUCCCUCACCUCUGGUGGAACAUCACACGUCCCAGUCCUCAUCCCAAUGCUGUAUUACUCUCCUUAAACUUGGACUGGGAGUGUAUUUAGGGUCAAGAUGAGGAAUAAGCAAAAAUAAAAGCAUCAAGUGUAUUUAGGAUUCACAUCUGCAUUUUUCCAUUUUGAGGGUCUCGCUGAUUUGAAAGGAUCUUCUAUUUCUGGAACUUAGAAUGGCAACAAGCAGCAUCCUGCCAGCACAAUCUGUCUACUAGGCACCUGCCACAGUCCUUUUGCCCAUCCUUACUUGCUGUGCAUGCAAGAGAGGCAUGUGCAAUGUAGGUGCUAAGUUCUGAGUGGUUGAACUUGCUCCUUGGCACUCCCAGCUGGUAACAUUGACAGAAGGUAGAGAAACAGAAAUAAAACUUAGCCACUUAACGAAAAGAGUUGUUUUCUAGGGGCAUUAUGGGGGUGUUUUGCAAAUUCCAGGCUGCAUAAGAGCAGAAACAGAUUAACAGUCCUGAAUGUCCCCUCUUCUGCAGUCCCUGCCUGCAGUUCAAGCUAUACAAACAGCUGAAGAAUCCCCUAGAGGACUGAGGCUCCAGGCUCCUUUUGUGACUGGCAGUGGACAUCAAUUGGAAAGACCGAUGGUGAUCUUUGCCAGGAGACACUGUCCAUCCUGCUUAGCUUUCUACAACUAAAUCAAAGGGGCAGACUCUCUGGAGCGCAGCCAAUCCACUGAGCCAGGCAGCCGCUCUGAACAGCUAAUUUCAAAAUUUGAUUUUCUUUAUGAAAUACACUUGUCCUACUUAAUGAAAGAAUGAAAUAACUUAUUUUUUCCCAUUUAUUUAUUACUUGUUUAUCUUUUUGCAGUCAUCACAGUUUUUGUCUACUCUUCAGCAGUCUAGAGCUCAGCUUGGCUGCACACACAACAGAAACAGGUGCAGGCGCUCAUCAAUAAUAGCUAUAGUUGUACAAACGCUAACAAACCAGAACCUUUUACAAGAGCUUUCCACUUACAUAGCACCUUUCCUCUUAAGAACUUUAUGCACAACACAGCUCUUCAGGAGAAUUACAGAGGAGGCUGCAGAGUUGAAGUAUUUGCCGAGAUCAAGCAGGAAAGGAAAGAACAAACAGCUUGUGCCUGGACCAUCCAGUUCAGAGAAAGGGAACAGAGAAUUUAGUUAUCCUAUAUAGUGGGUGUCAGGAGGCAACAACUAAAUUUAAAGGACUCAUUACUCACUCUAAAGUAUUCAUGUUGGAAAAACAGUCCUGGAGCAGUCUGCGCUAAUAAUCCCCACCAUACAUUGCUUAACCCCCUAUGGCCUUUACCUGGUUUGUGGAUGGAUGGCACUCAGGCCCUGCGUUAGGAUGGUCAUGUUGUGCUGUGUGAUGGUUCAGUGCAUCAUGGGCUAAUUGCAAAUGCCUGCAAGGAAUGACAACAUUCAAACGUACCAUCGGCCAAGCCAGACUGCGAGAGUGUGUGAAUUUUCUUCCUUGCUGGCUAUUAGUAGUAGAAACAUGAUUCCUGUUCUAAGGAAGUAACCAAAUGUCUUAUGUGUCUGAAAUACAAAGCAUAUUUGUCCCUGCUCUUGGAGUGCCCUGUUUUCACAGUGUCCCUUUGUCUUGGGGAAAAUGGAUGGAUAAAGGCAUCUCAGAAUCACUGCUGGCUCCUGCUCCCUUCUCCCACAUCUGUUCACUUGGCACAAGCACGCACUGCUCUGCGCUGCUUGGCUUACCAGCCAAGACUGCUUUGGUACUCUCCAGAAGAGAACAAUCAAGAGAAACUUGAAU